ACCUGUGGUGCCCAUGAGUGCUUGAGCAUCACUACCCGUUGAGUCCUCGUGAAUCCAAUGUCCCUAGAAUGCUGGGUAGGAGCUGUGCUGAGGCCAGACUCCACAGCUAGAGUCCCGUUGAGUCCCCAAGACCCCUGCCCAGGGGUAGAUUGCCGCCUGUUGCCCGAGGCCCCCUGCCCAGUGGUAGGUUUCCCCUGUUGCUCAAGGUCCCUGCCCAGGGGUAGAUUGCCGCCUGUUGCCCGAGGUCCUUGCCCAGAGGUAGAUUGCCGCCUGUUGCUCGAGGCCCCUGCCCAGUGGUAGGUUGCCGUCUGUUGCUCGAGACCCCAAUCCCCAGGCGUAGAUUGCCGCCUGUUGCCCGAGGUCCCUGCCCAGUGGUAGAUUGCCGCCUGUUGCCUGAGGUCCCUGCCCAGUGGUAGGUUGCCGCCUGUUGCCCGAGGCCCCUGCCCAGUGGUAGGUUGCCGCCUGUUGCUCGAGACCCCUGCCCAGGGGUAGGUAGAUUGCCGCCUGUUGCCCGAGGUCCCUGCCCAGUGAUAGGUUGCCACCUGUUGCCCGAGGCCCCUGCCCAGUGGUAGGUUGCCCGCUUGUUGCCCG